UUGUAGGGAAAGUCGCGUCACUGUGUUGAGUGUCUGAAGCCGUUGGCUUCGAACCGCCUGGCUUUGUAUCUUAUCUAUUAGCGUUAAAAUGUUAAUUAAUUUCCUUGUUAUAUCAAUUUUGCAAUCUUUGGAAAGAGAUAACAUGGUUUAGCUUUAACACGUGGAUUACAGCGGAAGCCAUCUAUCAAAAGAUUUCAGACAAAGUAGGUAGCUAGCUACUGGAUUAUGGGGACACAUUUUGAAAGAGCAGCUAGCUAGCCUUGCUAGCUAACCAGCACCGUUCAUAUAAAGAACGAAUCUUGUUUUUUUUUGUUUUGUUAUUGGAACACAGGAAUAAAUGCAAAAUAUUGCGACCCCUUUCUAAAGAUUGCUGAGUUCCUCCUCUGGACGGUGGAGCAAUGAGCUUCUGAAAGACACUUGAUCACAUGGCUCCCAUUCCCUUCGUUGACCACCAGGAUUAAAAAUGAGCAUUAGCAGUGAUGAGGUCAACUUCCUGGUGUACAGAUACCUGCAAGAGUCAGGCUUCUCCCACUCGGCGUUCACCUUUGGCAUAGAAAGCCACAUCAGCCAGUCCAAUAUCAACGGAGCCCUGGUUCCCCCUGCUGCCCUCAUCUCCAUCAUCCAGAAGGGCCUGCAGUACGUGGAGGCAGAGGUCAGCAUCAACGAGGAUGGCACUCUGUUUGACGGGAGGCCCAUCGAGUCGCUGUCUCUGAUCGACGCUGUGAUGCCCGAUGUGGUGCAGACGCGGCAGCAGGCCUACCGGGAAAAGCUGGCCCAUCAGCAGCAGGCAGCCGGGGCUGGCAGCGCCAGUGGCACCCAGGGCCCCCAGCCCGGCAGCACCAAGAAUGGAGAGGGUGGAACCGCUGCCAACGGCGAGGAGAAUGGUGCCCACGCCUUAGCAAACCACCAUGCAGACAUGAUGGAGGUGGAUAGGAAUGUUGCGAUUCCCCAGAACAAGGCCAUGGUGCUGCGAGGCCACGAGUCCGAGGUGUUCAUCUGUGCCUGGAACCCCGUCAAUGACCUGCUCGCCUCAGGGUCUGGGGAUUCAACGGCGCGGAUCUGGAACCUGAGUGAGAACGGCACAGGCAGCUCCACCCAGCUGGUGCUGAGACACUGCAUACGGGAGGGGGGUCAGGACGUACCCAGCAACAAAGACGUCACCUCACUGGACUGGAAUAGUGAGGGUACGCUGCUAGCCACAGGCUCGUACGAUGGCUUUGCCAGAAUAUGGACUAAAGACGGGGACCCCUUUGUGUGGCUCAAGAGCAACCUCGAAGGCAAAAGUGACCUCGCCAGUACCUUGGGCCAGCACAAAGGUCCUAUAUUUGCCCUCAAAUGGAAUAAGAAAGGCAACUUUAUUCUCAGUGCAGGAGUAGAUAAGACCACGAUCAUUUGGGAUGCUCACACAGGGGAGGCCAAGCAGCAAUUUCCCUUUCACUCAGCGCCAGCCCUGGACGUGGACUGGCAGAGCAACAACACGUUUGCCUCCUGCAGCACGGACAUGUGCAUCCAUGUGUGUAAGCUGGGCCAGGACCGGCCAGUCAAGACCUUCCAGGGACACACGAAUGAAGUGAACGCAAUCAAGUGGGAUCCUACGGGGAGUCUGCUGGCCUCCUGCUCCGACGACAUGACACUCAAGAUCUGGAGUAUGAAGCAGGACUCGUGUGUCCACGACCUGCAGGCCCACAGUAAGGAGAUCUACACCAUCAAGUGGAGCCCCACGGGGCCUGGGACCAACAACCCCAAUGCCAAUCUGAUGCUGGCCAGUGCGUCGUUUGACUCCACUGUGCGCCUGUGGGACGUGGAGCGCGGCGUGUGCAUCCACACGCUCACCCGCCACCAAGAGCCCGUCUACAGUGUGGCCUUCAGCCCCGACGGGCGCCACCUAGCCAGUGGCUCCUUCGACAAGUGUGUCCACAUCUGGAACACACAGACGGGUGCUUUAGUUCACAGCUACAGGGGAACAGGGGGCAUCUUCGAGGUGUGCUGGAACGCCACGGGGGAUAAAGUGGGAGCCAGCGCGUCAGACGGAUCAGUUUGUGUACUAGACCUGAGGAAAUGACGCUUGUUUGGGGAGCCAUGGACCGACUACGAAUGUGUACAUAGCCAAAAUGACUGUCCCAGCCUGUCGUCUACACUGCUGUAGUCCCAUCAGAAGCCAUGGCCCAUCAUCACAACCACCACCAUUACCAUCACAGCCAAACAGAGCACCCCAUCACCCCCAUAAACACACAGACUACCCCUCCAGAGAAGAGGUCAAACUAACCCCCAGCAAAGGGGAUCUGGACUUCCCUCAAGUCCGACUCAGACCCACAGGAGAGAAAAAGGACUAUUAUGGUCACCGAGACAAAAAUCAUAUUGAAGAGAAGAGAACCCAUUGCAUACAUACCAAAAUAUCUGCAAUUUGUUGUUUUAUUUAUUUAUUUUUUUAUCCUUUAUACCAGAAAUGAGAAAUGUUAAGCUUUUUCCCCCCCACGUUGUUGGUGUGUGCAUAUUGUACAUGUCCACAUUUUUUGUUGUCCUGUGGCCAUUUUGUUUUGCUGUAGGUUUGUGUUACAUGUCGAGAGAGGUAAGGUCAGUAGGAUUUUUUUCUUAAAUUUGGGUUUCAAACUGAUAUUGGGAGAAAUCAUACAUUUUGGCACUGUCCAUGCAUGUUUUUGUGGUUCACAAAUAUAUUGAACAACAAAUAUAUAUUUAUAAAGUUGAAAUAGGUUCAUUUUGUUUUCAAUUCAAAGCUUCAAACAAUUAAAUUCAAAGUUUUUUUUUUUCAGUUUGCCAAAAUCCUUUUAUUAAACAUUUUUGGGAGAGCAGCUAGAGGGGAUUAAAGGUGCCAUAUGCAUACUUGUACUUCUUAUUACCUUUUUAAAUGGCUUCAGGUGUGCAAAACUGUUAGCUUAGUAGAUAUCUGAGAAUUCUAAUAAACUCUUGGACUAAAGAUCA